GUCACCAUUGUUUUCGAAAAAGCGGCGGUUUGGGUUUUUAGCAUCUCAUAAUGAGGUAAAUGGAUAGCUUUUCACCGCAAAACGUUUUCCAGGACCAUAGCUAAACCGCUUCGGCCAUGCAGCCUCAGCAGUCUGCAAAGGAGCGAGGGCUUCUCGGCCGACUCUGUGCUGGAGACAAGAAACUGGAGGGGAAGACCUUCUACCUCGACAAUGUGAAGAAACGCUCAACCACCUUGCUGCUGGAGGCCAUUCCUCUGUUAGGAGGGAAGGUUGAGAGCUUCCUGCAUAAAGAUGUCACCUUUGUUGUGACUGGAAACCAGGAGAGUCUAAAAGAGGACAAGAAAGGUGAAGAAAAAGGGACAAACGAAGGAAGCCAGCAUCUUAUGAAGAAGCCGGAUAAUUGCCUCAGCAAAGACAAACAGCCACCAGUGAAUCCUCGACUGGGGGCUUGUGGCAGCCGAGGGAAGGCUCUUCUUGAAAAAGCUAUGUGCAACAACGAGCGGCAGCAGAGGAGCAGCGUGUUGUCCAAUGCGCGGUCAUGGGGGGUCAAGAUAUUGUAUGUGGACGAUGUCCUUUUAUAUCUGAAGCAUUUGAGUCGAGAGAGCUUCAGCGCUAAACCCAAAAGGCCUGAAAAGACAUCCACCAAACAAAGUGUGCCUACUGUCAAAGCUACUGCUUUACGAACUCCGUAUCUUAAAAUUGAAGACUCAAACCGGAAGUACAAGCCUCUGCACAUGCAGUCUGUGGCUUUUCCUUCUCUGUACUUCUUGGGUCGAUUCAGUCCCUUCGAAUCUCCUCCUCCUCCUCUAUUUGGGCAAGGAAACGAUAAAAAGAGGGAAAAUAAAGUUGAAAACAACUCAAAGGAAAAAUCUCCGACCCAGCUGAGCUGCAACCCGUCUCCUUGGCGGCCGCGCAGAAAAGACGCUUCCUACUGCGAAUGUUGUCAUGAAACGUUUGCGAAUCUGGAGGAGCAUUUACAGUCGGAUGCGCACCGUUCGUUUGUGCUUGACCCUUCGAACUACAAAUCCGUGGAUCAGAUUGUGGCUGAGAUGCUUCCAGGAUUCGACCCAAACCCACCUCAGCAACCAGAACAAAGUAGAGCGCUGACUCCACUGCCUGUUGAUGAACUAGAACUUUGUACUGAUGCUGAAGUGGAGGACGCUGUUCAGGACCUCAAAAGAGACAAUUCUAACCAAGCAGAUUUAAAAUUUACAAGCCGAAACGUUUCUUCUGACCCGACUGACAACCACUCCGCUCACGUUCAGUCUGAGGCGUCCAGCCCAACGAUGCCUGUCCUCACCAUUGAACCUCUGGACCAACAGCUGGAUACUUCCUGUCCGGACGCUCCAUGUCUCCUCCCAGAUCCGUACUCCCUGCCGCCGGUUCUCAGCCCACAGGUUCCCCUCUCCCACAGCAUCAUGGAUCCACACAGCCCAUACCCAGAACCCCCCGUUCUCAGUCCUCAGCAGUUUAACUCAGAGGAAACCCAUGGAUUACAGACUUAUGGGUCAGCACUUCCACUGCCUUCGUUACUACCUGUGUUUUCAGAUGGUUUGGAGGAAGAAAAGGGUCUAAAGAUUCCCACUCGGCCUUUGAGUAGACAGAGUUCAUUCCCUCGAUUGUCUGCCGCGGUACCAAACCCCAGGAAGCGCUGCAGGUCGGCGAGCCCUGAACACAGGAGCAGCAAGAGGAGGAAGAACGGAUGCUUCCUGUUGAAACCACAAACUGACAACAUGGCGAACGCUGUGGAUCGCUUAUCAUUUGAUCCAGUACAGCGAUGUUUCCCUGAGACGCUCAGCUCGUUUUCCGUCUCUGCCGCUCAGAAUUUCACUCCAACUCUGUUUCAAAUGGAUUCAGCAACUCCAGUUGUGAUCUCAAAUCGAGACUCUGAGUGUUCGCAUCCACACUCGACCUCUGAGUGCAUCGAGCCGGCGCUCAUCCCAGACCUGGCAAUGUGCGCCGUGGAGUCGUCAGACUCCGACUGGGACUGCGGCCUUCUGUCGGCGCCGGCACCGCCGGCGAGCGGCGGGCUCGACAAGGAGCUGCUCCACCGGCCGUGUCCCUGGAUGCACGACAGCAGCUACGAGUCGCAUCUGCACACAGUCCUGCAGCCGCCGGCGCCGCUGUGCGGCGAGGACGUCGACCCGGCGACGUUUUCCAGAACUGUGGUGCAGAUUGUUGAGGUUCAGCACUGAGUUUUUGGGUUUUAAAGUUUUGUUUUUAGUAACUGGAUGGAUUUGAUGACAUGUCAAAUGUUUUUACACUGAAUAAAUAUUUAAGAUUUAAUGUUU